ACUGCCUUGAAGUUUUUCAUUCGUAUAAAGUGUACAAAGUACCUUCCUGUUAUAUUCUUCCUCGAUGGAGCAAGAAGAUAAAGCGCAAGCAUACGUAUGUCAAAAGUAGCCAUGAUGUCAGUCGGUCGGAUGAGAGUCAUGUUGCAUUCAAGGGACUGUGUGCACACUUCUAUAAUGUUGCUCAAGAGUUCCUCGGUGACGAUGAAGAAACAGCAUUGCUGCAUGUUGCUUUGGAAGAAACAAGGGCCAAGUUGGCUGUGCACCGUGCCAAAAAGAGGUCCGAGAGCGUGGCAGAGACUCAGACCAAUAUUGGCUCACAGAGUUCGAACGAUGUCGGUGUUGAUGACAUCCAAGGCCCAUCGAAGGUCACCACAAAGGGCAGGCCAAAGAGUAAGAGGCUCGGCUCUGCCCUUGAGAAGUCCGUCAAGAAUUCAAGACGGAGAAAACAAAAGAAUUCACCCCCGGUGGUUCGUCCGCACACAUUUCAAGAUAUAAACCAUUGUGCUAUUUCUGGCCUGAAUGUUCCCGAACAAGCCGGUGGUUUCAUGUCUUUGUUAAGCUCCUUCA